AAAGCAUGCAAAGAGUUGUGCAUUCUUGGCAGCUCUUGUGCACUUGCAAGUUUAUGCAUCCGCUAACUUUCAACCUCCCUCAAAUCACGACUGCUCAAUUGCUCCUUGCUCGCAGCAGCUUCAGGCACCCCAUCCCCUCGAACCGCAAUUGACUCCAACCACGCCCACCCACCCUUGCGCGGCACCGCCGGACGGUUAUUCGAAAGAGAUGUCGAGCAAAUACGCAUUCACCAAGAGCCUCAGGGAGAUCCGCUUCCUCUUCUGCCAGACCUCGGAGCACAGCGCCGCCACAAGAUCCUUCCUCACAAGAGCGUACCCGACGAUGAAGAAGAACAACCCGGCCACGCUGAUCAUGCUCCGCGAAGCCGCGGGCACGGCGCCCAAGGUGUACGCCCGAUACGAGUUCGGCCAGGAGAAGAGCCAGUCAUUAGAAGGGCUGUCGGAUAAGCAGAUCGAGGAUACUGUCUCUACGCUUGUAAAGACCGGCGCAUGAUGGGGGUGCGGAAGG